UUUUUUUAAAUUCUCUCUAUUUUUCUCGAGAUUUUUACUCGCUUAUUUUUUUUCUCAUUAUUAAUCAUUACACUUCCGGAAAGUUUUUCUAAAUUUUUUUUGCUCUUUUUGCUUUCCUUAAAGUAUUUUCUACUAAUAUAUAAGAGAAAUAUAUUUUCUUUUUUGUCCUAUUUCUUCCUUCCAAUAUAUAUUUAUAAAUUCCUUUGUGUGGUAGUGUUUCUGCUGGGAAAUGAAAAAUGAACGGGAAAGACUAUUUUCUUACUCUUCUACCCACAAGUUGUUGACCGAUUCACUCGUUUCUUUUUUGUUAUUUUCGUUGAAAAUAACAAGAAUUUUUGUUAUUUUUGUUGAAAGUUUAAUUGAACUAUAUUGUUUGUGUGUUUUGGAAUUUUUCAUAUUACUGUUGAGAGAGUUUUGCUCCGUUUUUUCUGAACUACUUCUGAUUGACAAAUAAAGUAAUGCUAUUGGUUUUGAAUUUUCUUAAAGGUUUUGCUUUGCUUUUCCAGCAAGUUUUGUUUUUCAAAGAAAAAUUUUUUUCGUUGUCUUCUUGUUUUUCUGUUGUCUUCUAAUUAAUUUUCUCUC